AUGCCACCGGAUGGAUCCUCGUUCACAGCCCUGAACCUGCCACCGACAUUCGCCCUUCCCCAAUGCAUGGAAUACUUCACCCUAACGGCCGGCCCGAAUACCGAUCUAUGGCGUAAACCGCCCAACGGCGAUACAUCCACUGCACCCAUCGUCUUCACCUCACUGCGACACCCAUUCGUCAUCGCCGAAGUCACCGUAAGUGCCGAUUGGGAAAUGGAAUGGGAUCAAGGCGGGCUAGUCAUUUUCGCUGGGGCAGCACCCCAGUCCUUCUUAUCAGACACAUCCGGUCUAUCCCGUCGCGUCGGCACCCACAAUCCACCUUGUAAGUGGGUAAAAGCGGGCAUGGAGUUCUCCUCUGCGACCGUGAAUGCCUCGAGCGUGAGUGCAACGGCCGAUGGGGCAGACUGGUGUCUAUCGCCGCUUGUUCAAACCGUUCCCGGUCCAGCGGUCCAGUCACUACGCAUUAAAUUGGAGCGCAUCGGAGAUGCCUUGUGGAUCUGGUACCAGGUUCCGUCAGCAUCACCGUAUGCCCUCUCGCCCGGUGCCAUAGGGAGUACAUGGAAAAAAUUACGUGAGGUGACGUGGUUCUUCUAUGGGGUAGAAGAUAAGUUCGUGCACGUUGGUGUAUACGCGAGUCGACCGACGAAUAUUGGACGUGGACAGACGAUGUGGGAUGCGAUGCACGGGGUCCCGGUGGAGCCUGCAUCAGCGACUGGUUCAGCUGAUGGGUUGGUGGUGGAGUUUGAAGAUCUGGAAAUCUUCUAG